AGGCCUGGGACUUGGCAAAACGGGAGAGCAGAGAGAAGAAGGAUCAUCGGUCAUUUUUUUAUUUUAUUUUAUUUAUUUUUUUUGUUCUUUUGAGUUUCUUUUCACCUGAAGCUUGCCUCAUUAACACUGACCAUAAGACAUCACUCAUAAAACCAUAAAACUCUUGAUGAUGCCGUCCAACACUGUUACCAACACCUCCACCGCUGCAUUCAAAGGCCCAGACUACGGUGAUUCACCUGGAAACAGAUUGGGUGAGAGCACAAUAUUAGACAAGGACCUGAUGACAGAGGAGAAGCCGGCCAAAAGCAGUGCCUCUUGUAAAGUCGGUCGGCCUGCGAGGAAGCGCAAGCAGUUUCCAGUUGAGAGCUGUGGCUCUCUCAAAGAUGGUGGGGGCGUGGGCAAUAGCUAUGCUGGGGUGGGAAGGCCGUCCAUGGCACAGGUCCGCAAUGGAGAUGUGGGUGGGCACGGAGACAGGACGUCCGAUGCCUGCUUUCCCAAACAGGAGAAGAGGGAAGUGGAGAACGGGAUCCCCAGAGACCCUUCCUCCUGCCGGGCAGAGAACAGCUCCCAGGCUCAGAGCCUGAGCCCCUCCCAGGAGAACGGAUUCCUACCCAGCCGGGAAGAGCAGGACUCGGAGAAGGACAAGGACAGCAGCCUGACAACAGCGCGCAAGAAACGAGGAAGGCGGAAACUGGAGCGCCCAACAAAAUAUGUGGAGCACAAGGAGGAGGACGGGGGUGAUGCAGUCAAGACUGAGGGAGGUCGAGGGAGGCUGCGAGGGGGAGUUGGUUGGGAGAUCAGCCUUCGUCAGAGGCCAAUGCCCAGAAUAACCUUCCAGGCUGGUGACCCUUAUUACAUUAGCAAGCGGACCAGAGAGGAGUGGCUGGCCAAGUGGAAGAUGGAGGCAGAGAAAAAGGCCAAACUGGUGUCAGCCAUGAAUGCUAUGGAGGACCAUGAGGAGAUGGAAACAGAGACCCAGAAAGAACAGGUGUCAGUAAUCAAACACCCCCUGCCUUCGAAGCAGCAGCAGCAGCAGCAGCAGCAGCCUCAGCCACAGUCGCGCCCUCUGCCUCAGCCUCAGCCUCUGCCUCAGCCUCAGCCUCUGCCUCAGCCUCAGCCUCAGCCUCAACUUCAGCCUCAGCCUCAACUUCAGCCUCAGUCCCAGCCACAGCCACAGCAUCAACAACAAUCACAGCCAUUGCCGCCACAGCAGCAGCAACAUCAGCAGCCGCAAAUGCAGCAGCAGCAGCCGACUGACCCCGCCUCCCCCACUGUGGCCACAACCCCUGAGCCCGUGGCCAUCGGAGGUGGAGACAAGACAUCACCCAAGUCUACAGACACUGAGCCCGAGUACGAGGAUGGCCGUGGUUUUGGCAUCGGGGAGCUGGUUUGGGGGAAGCUACGCGGUUUCUCCUGGUGGCCAGGCCGCAUCGUAUCCUGGAGGAUGACAGGGCGGAGCAGAGCCGCGGAGGGGACCAGAUGGGUCAUGUGGUUUGGGGAUGGAAAAUUCUCAGUGGUCUGUGUAGAGAAACUCAUGCCUUUAAGUUCCUUCUACAAUGCCUUUCACCAACCAACCUAUAACAAGCAGCCCAUGUACAAGAAAGCCAUCUAUGAAGUGCUACAGGUGGCCAGCAGCCGGGCAGGCAAAGUCUUCAUGUCCUGCCCUGACAGUGAUGAGACAGACACGUCCAAGUCGGUGGACAUGCAGAACAAGCAGAUGAUUGAGUGGGCCAUGACAGGGUUUCAGCCAACUGGACCCAAGGGGUUAGAGCCACCCGAGGAGGAGCGUAACCCAUAUAAAGAGGUUUACCCUGAGAUGUGGGUAGAGCCAGAGGCAGCAGCCUACACGCCCCCUCCGGCCAAAAAGCCUCGCAAAAGCACAGCAGAGAAACCCAAGGUCAAGGACAUCAUUGACGAAAGGACAAGAGAGCGGCUUGUUUAUGAAGUGAGACAGAAGUGCCGCAGCAUAGAGGACAUUUGUAUCUCCUGUGGAAGUCUAAAUGUUUCCCUUGAGCACCCGCUGUUUGCCGGAGGAAUGUGCCAAAGUUGUAAGAACUGCUUCCUAGAAUGUGCAUAUCAGUAUGACGAUGAUGGCUACCAAUCAUACUGCACUAUCUGCUGUGGGGGGCGGGAGGUCCUCAUGUGUGGAAACAACAACUGCUGCCGGUGUUUCUGUGUGGAGUGUGUUGACCUCCUCGUGGGGCCAGGAGCGGCCCAUGCAGCUAUUAAAGAGGACCCGUGGAACUGCUACAUGUGCGGACAGAAGGGUGUGUUUGGCCUUUUGGAGCGUCGCACCGACUGGCCCUGCCGUCUCCAGCGCUUCUUUGCCAACAAUCACGACCAAGAUUUUGAACCACCAAAGCUAUACCCCCCAGUCAUGGUGGAGAAGAGGAAGCCCAUUCGUGUCCUGUCACUAUUUGACGGCAUAGCAACAGGGCUGCUGGUGCUGAAAGAACUGGGCAUUCAGGUGGAUCGCUACGUGGCAUCCGAGGUAUGCGAAGACUCCAUCACUGUGGGCAUCGUCCGGCAUCAGGGUCGCAUCAUGUACGUUGGCGAUGUGAGGAAUGUCACGCGCAAACAUAUUCAGGAGUGGGGUCCUUUUGACCUAGUUAUUGGAGGAAGCCCUUGCAAUGACCUCUCCAUAGUCAAUCCUGCUAGGAAAGGUCUUUAUGAGGGCACCGGCCGUCUCUUCUUUGAGUUCUACAGGCUGCUCCACGAGGCCCGGCCGAAGGAGGGCGACGACCGGGCUUUCUUCUGGCUCUUUGAGAACGUGGUUGCCAUGGGCGUCAGUGACAAGAGGGACAUAUCUCGCUUCUUAGAGUGCAACCCAGUGAUGAUCGAUGCCAAGGAGGUGUCCGCUGCCCACCGUGCCCGCUACUUCUGGGGCAACCUCCCCGGCAUGAACAGGCCUCUGACUGCCAUGUGCACUGACAAGUUGGACCUUCAGGAUUGUUUAGAACAUGGCAGAACAGCUAAGUUUGACAAGGUGAGGACCAUCACCACCAGGUCUAACUCCAUCAAGCAGGGCAAAGACCAGCACUUCCCUGUCUUCAUGAACGAGAAGGAAGACAUACUCUGGUGCACUGAGAUGGAGAGGGUCUUUGGCUUCCCGGUCCACUAUACAGAUGUGUCCAACAUGAGCCGACUGGCGAGGCAGAGGCUUCUAGGAAGAUCAUGGAGCGUCCCGGUCAUCCGCCACCUGUUUGCACCACUCAAAGAUUACUUUGCCUGUGUCUGAGCAGCAAGACUACCCGCUCUGAACCAUUUAGGAAAUACAACUGUAUUUUGUGACUAGAAACAAGAGCCUUGAUACUCAAAUUAUACUCUUGUAUAAUUUGCGAGAAAAAAAAAAAAAAAAAAAAAAACGUUUGACGUAGAAAUUUCACAUUAUUUCUUGUAUUUGAAUUGUAAUUCUUAUUCUAUUUAAUUUUGAUAUGUCAUUUUACCUUUUAGCAGUGUUAUCAAGUAUUUUUGAAUUGAUUUAUUUGUGCAAGCUAUACUUGAGACUAUGCUUUCUUCUCAAGACACUGAGAAAGAAAAGUGCUAUACAUGUCAUUUUUUUUUUUUAGAAGAGACGGUGAUGUGAUGGAAGACACCUGAAAGAUAGUGAUUUCAAGAUACCUUAUGUGAAAACGUUUUGGCUGCGUACGUUGUCGUCAGCCAGACAUCAGGGCGGGCUACGGUUGCCACCUACAGUGUAGCCAUGCUUCCAGCUACUGAGCCUCACAGAGAUGUGGUGAGAAAGGCGAUUUUCUUCAGUGUCAGGAGAGCUGUGUCUCUGAGAAUCCAAAACACCAGAUCACAUAUACCUCUUUGUUUACAGUUUCUAUACACAACUGAAGGUAAUAAAGGUACUACUGUAAUAUGGUUACAAUACCAUGGUGCUCCAAGAUGGUGAAAAACAUCAUAGCCCAUGUGGCAUUACAGUUUAGACAAUACGGAACUCUUAGCCUGUUGCUUGAAAAUCUCGUUUUCCAUGGUUUUUUUCCACACUUUUGGGAAAAAAAAAAAAUCUGUUUUGUGUGCUGUCGUGUCAAUUUAAAAGGAAAAGAAGGAGCGACAGUAACUGCGAAAAUGGUGCAAAAACGGAGCAUGUCCUCUUUUCUGCAUUUUUUACAGCUUUUAUACAGAUUAUACUGGUGCUCAUUCAAUCAUACAGCCUUGCUACACUCAGACCGGGUCUGCACAAACAGAAAGUGAAGCUACAGCCGCAUGGGAGAUGAUGUUUUCCAUCAUUUGUUUAAAAAAAAAAAAAAAAAAACCUUAAGAUCAAAGUCUGUGGUGAGCUACUUUUUUCUAGUUUCAUCCUGACCAAUGACAUUACUGUACAACUGUUAGUAAGUGUGUUUGUUGGAGGGAGGGUGACCAGGCCUUUGUUAAAAAAAACCGGGUAAACCUCCUCACCUUCCACCUCUGAAAACUGAAAAACUGUCAGGUGCAAAUCCUCAACAAUAUGGUGCGGCUUCACAUAGUUCUUCUACCUUUUUAUAGCAAUUUUGUGCUGUUUUACCAACAUUAUAAAGCACUUUUAUAUGUAUACUUCCUUUUUUUCUUGAUAUUUUAAAAAAAAAAAUAUUGGUUCUUGUGAAUUGUUUUUUUGUUUUGUUUUAUGAUGUGAACUGAUCUACCCUCGUGUAAAACUUUUUGUAUACAGUAGGGCUGUGCCAAUAGAAGUACAAGGAUGGAUUUUGAUAUGUGAAACCCAUGUAUUUGACUCAGUGUACAGUAGACGGAUUGAAAUUUGUACCCCCAACCCCCCUUUCCCUCUUUCACCAUCCAUAAUGUCUGUUUUAAAACAGCGAUACAGUAUGCUACUACCCAGAUUUAAAGAAUGUCUAUUUCUAUUAAGAUUGUACAAUGUAAGACAGAGUUCAAGAACUAUGUCACGCGUUUUGUAUCAUAUUUUGUCCCAUGAAUGACAGAUUGUCCUCUGCCAUUUCCCUUAUAAAUCCCUGGUAGUCAUGCUGACAAAUUGAGGUGCUCAUCCAAAUUUGGAUUGCACACACACACACACACACACACACACACACACACACACACACACACACAUACACACAAACUAAAUUCUCUUGAUUGUAACUUCUAAGCUAAAUAUGGAGGAUUUAGACAGAAGUUUGUCAGAACUUAAAACUGACACCGUAGUUGACGAGAUGUCGGCACUCAAAGAGCAAAGUUGGUGAU